ACACUUCCUGAAAGAAUGGGGGCAGGCGCAUUAGCCAUCUGUCAAAGUAAAUCAGCAGUGAGGCUGAAGGAAGACAUGAAAAAGAUAGCUGCGCUGCCACUGAACAAGCAGAGGGACGAUCGCUGUCAGAAGGUGUUCGGUGUGAGUCUCCAGGACCUCCAGCAGCAGGGACUUACCAAGAAUGGUCUCCCAGCAGUGGUGUGGAAUACAGUAGAAUAUCUGACCCAGCACGGGCUGACACAGGAAGGUCUCUUCAGGGUGAAUGGUAACAUGAAAAUGGUGGAUCAGUUGCGUCUGAAAUAUGACCGAGGGGAGGAAGUGGAGCUGGCUAAAGAUGCUGAUGUGUGCUCAGUAGCCAGUUUGCUGAAAUUAUUUCUGAGGGAGCUGCCAGAUGGGGUGAUCACUUCUGCAUUGCAUCCCAGAUUUAUACAGCUUUACCAGGACCCUAGAAAUGAUGCUGAGAAGGAGAACAACUUGAAAGAACUAAUAAAAGAGCUGCCUGACGCCAACUACUGCCUGCUGAAGUACCUGUGCCGGUUCUUGACCCAAGUUGCUGAGCAUCACACGGUGAACAGAAUGAACAUUUUCAAUCUGGCCACCAUUUUUGGACCAAAUUGUUUUCACGUGCCUUCUGGAUUUGAAGGUAUGAAGGAACAGGAAAUCUGCAACAAAAUAAUGGCCAAAAUGCUGGAAAACUAUAAUACCUUGUUUGAGCUGGAGCACACAAAGAAGGAUGAUGAAAAUCAUGCAUGUGAAGAGCUAGCAAGAAUUAUUUUAGUGAAAGCCAGUUGUGAGCAGUCCCUGCCUAUCAAUCUGACAAGAGCUUUAGAAAGAGAGGCACCGAAGUCAACGCUACAAAGCAAGAUCACAAAGUCCACGAGGGAAGGAUCUGUACAGGAACGCCUCUUGCCACAACCAGAGUUGUCGGAUGGAAUUCCUCAAGUCAGCCUCCGAUUAACUGACAGUAGUGCAUGUUUGGAGGAAAUGGAUUUACCAGAUGAAAUCUCUUUCAUUAACAGUGCUGCAUUCUUCUCCAGUUCCCAAGAAGAUGAGCGGCCCAUGUCACCCUUCUAUUUGAGUGCCCAUGUAUCCCAAGUGAGCAGUAACAUUCCUACAACUGGAGAAUAUUUAGAGAAGACAAUCCGCUCAGCAGUGGAACAGCAUCUCUUCGAUGCUCAUGGCUCAGGUGGGCAGAGUUCAGAGGACUCCGAAUCAGGAACAUCGUCAGCCUCUUCAAAUGUGUCCACCAGGCAGAGGAGGCGGCAUCACAAAGAACAAGAUGAAGGCCGACGAAACAGAGACGUAGAGGUCAUCAACAAAGAAAACAUUCCUUCUGGAUUCGGAAACCUUGAAGAUUGUAUUCUGACUCCUCAGGAAGUAGAAAAAUUACAAGAAAACAACUCCGGGUUUAUUGGAGAAAGGAAUAAACCAAAACGGCAGAAAUCCAGCACUAAACUUUCUGAGCUUAACGAUAACCAGGAUAACCCUGUGAGUAUGGAAAGCUUUAGCUCCUCAAGGCCGAUAGCCAGAGCAGGACCUGAUGACAUGGAGGUUUUGUCUGACGAAAGCAAAGAAAAUGAAAAUGACGAUGUGUUUUUCAGGCACUCACAGCAGAUUUCGAGCAUGAAGAUUCAGGAGCACCCGAGCAUUCCCGAAACCAAAUUACAGAGGAACCAAGAUGCUGAUGGUCAGGAAGAUAGCUUCGUCUCAGAAGUGCCUCGGCUGGACUUGACAGCCUUGUGCGAUGACAACAGCUGGGAAGAGCCCGUCCCAGCUUUCUCCUCCAGGGAACGAGAUGGCUUAGACUCCGACGAAGCUCACCUGUCCCCACAGGCCGGAUGUCUAAUUCGGCAGCUUCUGGAUGAGGACAGCGAUCCAAUGCUGUCUCCUCGUUUCUAUGCUUAUGGGCAAAGCCAGCAGUACCUGGAUGAUACAGAAGUGCCUCCCUCCCCUCCUGACUCCCAUUCAUUCAUGAGGAGACGGAGUUCUUCUUUAGGAUCUUGUGAAGAUGACCGAGAGGAUCUGACACCUACACAGCUGACCCGGAGGAUUCAGGGGCUUAAGAAGAAGAUCAGGAAGUUUGAGGACAGAUUUGAGGAGGAGAGGAAAUACAGACCUUCCCACAGUGACAAAGCAGCCAACCUAGAGGUGCUGAAAUGGACAAAUGAACUGGCAAAAUUUCGGAAGCAGCUUAAAGAGUCAAAACUAAAGAUAUCGGAAGAAGAUCUGGCUCCUGUGAUGCGCCAGCGGAGCAACACACUCCCCAAGAGCUUCGGGUCACAGCUUGAGAAGGAAGAUGACAAGAAGCAAGAUCUGUCUGAUAAAUCUGCAAAACCUGCGGUGGAGGUGACCUUAGACUCCAUCCAGAAGAAGCUGCAAGAAAAACGAGCAGAGACGAACCGGCCGGAGGACAUUAAGGACAUGACUAGAGAUGAGAUAGCAGCUGAGAAAGUGGCUCUUCAGAAAGCACUCUUGUAUUAUGAAAGCAUUCAUGGAAGACCGGUAACAAAAAAUGAGCGCCAGGUGAUGAAGCCCUUGUAUGACAGGUACCGCUUGGUCAAACAGAUCCUCUCCAGGGCCAACACCAUCCCUGUUAUUGGUUCCCCCUCCAGCAAGCGGAGAAGCCCUUUGCUGCAGCCAAUUAUCGAGGGUGAAACAGCUUCCUUCUUCAAGGAGAUAAAGGAGGAAGAGGAGGGUUCCGACGAGGACAGCACCGUGAAACCAGAUUUCACAGUCACCCUGAAACCAGAUUUCAGCGUGCGGAGUUUCCUGGAUCAACUAGAAGAUGAGGCUGAUGGCUUCAUUUCUCCAGUGGAUGAUAAGAUGCCUUCAAAGAGCAGCCAGGACAUGGGGCUUUCUACCCUCCAUGCUGCUUCUAUGCCAGAACUCUUAGAGCAGCUCCAAGAAGUCAGGGAAGAGAAAAAACGGAUCAGAAAAAAAUUGAGAGAAUUUGAAGAUAAUUUUUUCCGACAAAAUGGAAGAAAUGUCCAGAAAGAAGAUCGUACUCCCAUGGCUGAAGAAUACAAUGAAUACAAGCAGAUUAAGGCAAAGCUGAGGUUGCUGGAGGUGCUGAUCAGUAAAAGAGAUAUUAGUUCCAAGAGUAUGUAA